UGAAUAAAUGAAUGAUUUUUGGCUGAAGUAUCCCUUUAAGCCGCCUUUUAAAAUACAAGAUUGUAAUUGAUAACAGACUUUAUGGUUUUGAACAGUGUUGUUUAAAUUCCUUUUGUAUUGUUACUUACAGAGUGACGUUUUGCAAUAAGUUUGCAAUUUAUCUCGUUGAGUCAUGCCUAGUUAACACAAAGUGUCACAUUAUAUUCCUCUUAGCUUCGUUCGUUGCAUUGACAGCCGAGACCCUCCCUUGAACCAAUUUCCCACACGACUACAUCAAGCAGAGCUCCCGACUGAAUCAACCCGUCUUCAUUCACUAAGAGAGCCAUCCAGUGUUGGGUCUAAUUGCCAUAUGUGUCAGAAGCUGAGUCACAACAGUCAGCUAUUGCUUGCCGGGUCUCAGCGGGGUUGAAAUGAGAUGUCUUACACCCUCCCUUAGUCUGCGAGGAGCCCUUUUGUCUGCAGCCAUUGUGUGGGAUUGUGCGAAAGUGCUACAAACCUCCAGCCUCCCUGAUUGGCUGUUGCUGCAAUAGGAAGAAGUGGAGUGUGACUGUAAUUGAAAGAUUACUGUGCCUUGAGAAGCUAUUGAUUAGAUAAACAAUAGCAUGUAGCUCAUAAGCCUCAUUGUUCUCCUCCUAGCUGGCCUGAUUAGGUCGGAUGGGGUUUAAACUUGUGAAAGUAAGCAGGCGGGUGCGUUGGAAUGAGAUUGAUGCUAUCAUUGGGCAUUAGCAUCUGAUUGAAAACUCAAAUGGAAUUGUAGCCAAUUUGUUUGGAAGACCUGAAGCUGAAUGUUUCCCCCCCUUUUUUCAGUACUUUAUUAGUUCAUUCCUUAAUAAAGAUGGGGUAACAUGCUAUUUCAUGCAUUCUGACUUCCUUUCACUGUUAAACAUGCUGGCUUCUCAUGCUUAACAUGGUCAACUUGUUAAAACACGAUAAUAUACAGUAAGUCUAGAUUACUGUUUCGUAACAGGGAUCCUAUUCCUUUUAUUGGGCAAUUCUCCCGGAAAAGCACGCUUACGGAAAGGCAAAGGAAAUAGCCCGCCCAUGCGCCAACCAACGAGCGAUAGGAAGACCCACUUAUCAAGAUUGGCUGCGCUGCGUCAAGAUUGGCUGCGCUGUGGGCCUGCAGCUGCAGCUCGAUACUCUUGCGAUAGUGACAGAAGUUGUGUGUUUGUUUGUUCACGGCAUUUCAGUGAUGGAUGUUAUAAAAACGGUGGAUAUAACGCUGGAUUUGGAGAUCGUUUGAAACUGAUAGAUGGUCCCAGUGCUAAAAGAUGCCGGACAUGAACUGCUUGUGGUCCUGCUCAGGUUCCCAUGAUGUCCCCAAACGGUUCAGUGCCUCAAAUCUAUGUGCCUCCUGGAUACGUUCAACAGAUCAUUGAGGAAAAUGGAGUUAGGCGGGUGUUGGUGUUACCUCAGCCGGAGUUUCAUCCGAGUGGCCAUUCCCCGCUUCACCACCCGCCGCCUCAUGCCCACCUGCAGGCCUUCAUCCCGCACCCACACAUCAUGCACCCUCACCCUCACCUGUACUCAGGCAUGGCUGGAGGAACCGGAGACAUAAGUCCUCAGUACAUCUCCCAGUACCACCCAGCACACCCCACCAUCUACACAGAGCAGGAUGCUCACCCGGCGCACGGACGUCCGGCGUUUUCUUACCGGGACAAAACACACGAGCGCCUGCAGAAGAAACUGAAGGAGCGACAGGGGGUGGGCGGAGGCGUGACUCCCUCCAAAGACAGCCCCCCUUCCUCCCCGCAGAACAGCCGCGGGACACCGCCUGCAGGAGAUCUCCAGAACGGACUGGCGGGUAAAAGCGGGGAGGAGCAGGUGCAACACACCGGCCUGGGCAAAAGCCCACCAGGGAGAGGGAAGGAGGCGGAGCCUGCAGAACUGGAUGAAGCAGCGAAGGCUCUACAGGAAAGAUUAAACUCCAUCUGCAAGCCGGUGGUGACAGAUAUUCAGGCCAGGGGAGUCAGUCUCAGCUGGGUUGCCCCAUCACUGACAGAAAGCGAAGAAGAACCCAAAGAGGCCGAGGAAAGCCCCGCUGAGCCAGUCUUCACAUACGAAGUCUCGGUCUCUCACAACGGCAAAGACGGGAAGUACAAGGCCGCCUACAGCAGCGGUGUGGAACUAAGUGCAACCUUACAGGAGUUAAGACCAGCAACAGACUACCAUAUCAGGGUCCAGGCCACGUGUAACUGUUUACAAGGCGUCCCUUCGGAGCCUGUGAGCUUCACCACACUGAGCUGUGAGCCGGAAACCCCCAGUCCACCACGCAAAGCUAGCGGCACCAAAAGCAGCCUCGUCCUGCAGUGGAAGGCCCCAUGUGACAACGGAUCCAAAAUCCAAAACUAUAUCCUACAGUGGGACGAGGGGAAGGGCACGGAUGUGUUUGAGCAGUGCUACUACGGCCCGCAGAAACAGUACAGACUCACCAAACUCUCGCCAGCUUCCAGAUAUUCCUUCCGCCUAGCAGCCAAAAAUGACAUGGGGGUCAGUGAGAUCAGUGAGGUCGUCCACGUCAUGACGUCGUGUAGCGUGCCCGCUCCCCCCCUGAGCCCUGAGUUGGUUCAGCCCGGGGUGACGUGGCUCUGUCUGCGGUGGAACAGACCCGUCGGCUCGCCUAAAGAGGAUGACAUCAGUUACGUGCUGGAGAUGGAGGAGGAGGGCUCAGGUUAUGGCUUUCAGGCCAGUUAUGAUGGUGAUGAACUCACACACACUGUGAGAAACCUGCACAGGAGCACCACGUACAGAUUCAGGGUUGUUGCCUAUAAUGCGGAGGGGAAGAGUAACCCCAGCCCUGUGUCUGAGUUCACCACGGCCCCUGACAGACCCAGCUGCCCCUGCAGGCUCUCAGUAAGGGGAAAACCUCACCCGACCAGCUUCCGCCUGACCUGGGAUCCUCCUAAAGAUAACGGUGGUUCAGAUGUGACGAAGUAUGUGGUGGAGAUGUCUGCUGAUUUAAGCGGUUGCACAUGGAAUCGAGUGUACAGCGGCUUAGGAACGGAGUGUGCUUGUGAUGGUCUGAGUCCAGGAGGUUCAUACCAGGCCAGAGUCCACUGCAUCAGCGCCGGAGGCGAGAGUCCGUUGACGGAAGCCCUGCAGAUCCAAACCCCACCUGUUCCGCCAGGCCCCUGUCAGCCGCCCAGGGCGGUGGGCAAACCCAAAGCGAGAGAAGUGCAGUUACGCUGGACGCCCCCUCUGGUGGACGGUGGUAGCGCGGUGUCUUCGUACAGUGUAGAAAUGUUUGCUCCUCAGGCUGAUGAGGGCAGGGAGGUGUUCCAGGGCUCUGAACUGGACUGUACGGUGGGGAGUUUACUGCCCGGCAGGACCUACGGAUUCCGGCUCAGAGCCGGCAACAAAGCUGGGUUCGGGCCAUUCUCAGAGCGAACGGAGGUAACGACAGGUCCCGGUGCCCCUGAGGCGUGUCGGCCCCCUCACAUUAACUGUAAAUCAGCGACGUGUGCUGUGGUGAGCUGGGAGGUUCCUCACUGUAACGGAGCAGCCGUGUCAGAGUAUCGUCUGGAGUGGGGGGCGGCGGAAGGCAGCAUGCAGAACUGUUACACCGGUGCUGCGCUGUCUCAUGAGCUGAGAGGUCUACAGCCCGCCUCCAGUUACUUCUGCCGGGUGCAGGCUGUAAAUGUAACCGGCGUGGGGCCCUUCAGCGAUGCCGUGCUCUGUCAGACGCCCUGCUCGGUGCCGGCGGCGGUCAGCAGCGUCCACGCCCUCCGGGAGUCAGAGAUGAGAAUGGAGGGAGGAGUCACGGAGAGAGGAGAGGAGGAGGAUGAAGAUGAGGAAGAUGAAAGCGACGAGGCCCCGCCGCUCCUCUACUCUCCAUCCACCUGCCUGGGGCUGCGCUGGGAGCCGCCGUGCAAUCACGGAGCUGAGAUCACCUCGUACCUGAUCGACCUGGGAGAGAGACAACCCGUCCUCACUGGCCCUGUAACCAAAUAUAUCAUCCAGAACCUGCAGCCCGACACCACGUACAGGAUAAGAAUCCAGGCUCUGAACAGCCUAGGCGCAGGUCCCUUUAGCCACAUCUUUAAACUGAAGACCAAGCCACUGCCACCCCUCCCUCCACGGCUGGAGUGCACCGCCUCCAGUCACCAGACCCUCAGGCUCAAGUGGGGCGACGGCCCGGCCAAGGCCCAACCCGCCGAUUCCUUACAGUACCAUCUCCAAAUGGAGGAUAGAAACGGGAGGUUUAUAUCCUUGUAUAAAGGACCCUGCCACACUCACAAAGUGCAGAGGUUGAAUGAGUCUACCUCGUACACUUUCCGCAUCCAGGCCUUUAAUGAGGCGGGCGAGGGUCCCUUCUCAACUGUUUACACCUUCACAACCCCCCGCUCACCGCCUGCGCCCCUCAAAGCUCCUCGUGUGGAGCGUGUGGACGAGUCGUGUGAAGUGAGCUGGGAAACACUGCCACCUAUGAAGGGAGACCCCAUCAUCUACUGUUUGCAGUGCAUGCAGGGAAAUUCUGACUUCAGACAGAUCUACAAGGGCUCGGCCACCUCCUUCCAUUUCUCCAACAUGAGCUCGUCGGUGGAGUACCGCUUCCGCGUCUGCGCCAUCCGCCAGUGCCAGGACGCUCCUGAAAUCAUGGGCGCCUACAGCUCCACGGUCAUCCUGCUCCCGCCUCGCGUCGAACCCCCAGCGACCUCCUCCAGCGCCGGGUCCAAAUCCUCAGAGGCCCAGAAGCCAAAGCGCAGCCUGACGGACGAACAGUUCUCUUUCCUCAUCAUCGCCCUGUUGGCCGUGACCUCCAUACUCAUCGCGGUCGCCAUCCAGUACUUUGUCAUCGAAUGAGCCGCGGCACUCUGAGACCACGCCGUCGUCCGAGCCAGUUUUUGUUUUCUGUGGAGUUUUGUUUUCUUUUGGUUCGUUUUUGUAUUCAGGCACCAGCGUCGAGGAGCCGCCUGAAGGGAAAGAAUGAGAAAAGGAAAUUGUGUAGAAUUUCGUUCUAUCGUUCUGUUUCUCUCUCCGCCGUCCCUUUUUUCUCUCCGUGCAUGAUGUUGAAAUGAACGGCUCUCCCUCUCGUCGCGCUCGGUUAAUUGAAGGAUCAGCAGCGAAGCGGAGCGUAACGCUCGCGGCAUUUGUUUGUGUAGUCGUAGCCUUUAUUUAUACAUGUAGUGCAAGUUUCGAUUAGUGUUCGACAGUUACAUCGGUUACGUCUCGGGCCGGGGACUGAGGGCCAGUGACUACGCUAUCAGAGAGCGGGUGUCUCUCUCGGAAGCACAUGGGAGUAGGCACGGUCGGGGGCUCGGGGGACCGAGCGUUCCCUGUGAGAUGAAGCGAGAAAGGUCGUUAGCAUUUAAAGUUGAUUUAGCACUUUCCUCAGAACUCUUUUGAUGUUCAGAAUGUGUAAAGGAUGCAAAAAUAACUAAAGAAUUGUUAGUAUAUUUUUGUACAGUGUGAUACGAGGACCUGUCGGCUUAGCGUGGGAGACUAUGAAAACCAAACUAACAGCUUAUUAGAUCUUUUUACUAUCACGUACGUAUACUGUAGCUUGUUUUACGAUCAAGCGACUGCUUUGCUCGGAAAUAUCGUCGUUCGGCACAAACAUCGUACGCUUCUCGGAAACCUUUCCUUCAGUUUGCACCUUAGUGAGAAGAGAAAAAAAAUACUUCUUGAAUGCGUCUUGAUCUUGUGAUGCGUUUGUAUGGAUCACGUUCUCCAGUCGUGCAAGCCCUCAAUGUGUUUUGGCUGUUUUAAAAAUCAAUUUGUUCGUGAAAUGGUUGAUUCAAACAAUUUUUCAAAAGUCAUGUAGUAUUUUCUUAAUUUCUCUGAUGUUUUUCUCUUUCGUUUGUUUAGUUUUAGAAACCAGAUCAUGACAUCGUGUUAUAUCAGUUACUUUUAACAAUAUAUAUAUAUAUAUAUAUAUAUUUUAUGUAAUCAUGAGAGUAUUACAUAUAGGACUAAAUAUUCAUUUCUAGAUAUCCUUGAUUUCUCCUUUAAAUCACAUGUUUGAGCUUUAUUUUUUAUACGAAAACCUUUACGUUGAAUUGUGUCCGGCAGAGAAAUUAAGAGAAGCGCAAGAGACUAAACGCAAACAGCAGUAAUGAAUUGUGUUGAUUCUACAUGUACUUCCUGUGAAUUGAAAAUUUUUGCCUUUUUCUCUGUGUGUUAAGUCUCGUGACCAAUUGCCGAUGCUGUGUGACGGCAGCGUGACAAUACGGUCGUUUGGUUUCGUGUCGUGCUUGGUUUUGAGCAUACGAGUGGUGUCGCAACCGUUAACAGCUACAGGUACCUUGCAAGAUGUCUUGAAUGAAAAAGAAUUACAUGAUUUGGUCUAAUAGAUAUUCUGCAGAUGUCUUCUGUUUGUCAUUGAAGGAAAAAAAUCUCAAAUUCCUAUUUUUGAUAGUGAUAAAAUGUAAUUGCAAAGUGUGCCAUUUUAACAUCUCCCUACCAUGGUAUGCCUCUACGAUUGGUUCUUGGGAGAAAAACUACAAAAAAAUCAAUAAAAUAUGCACAAAAAAUGAGACCAUUUUUAUGUAAUUUUAAUGUUUGCAGUUACCUCAUACACCGUACAUUCCAAAAGAGAACAUUUGUUAUAGUAUACAUACUACCAGACAUAUCACUUUAAAGACGUUCGUUAUCAGAUAGGAAAUGUAUAAUCAUAUAUAUAUAUAUAUAUUUAUAUAUAUAUGUGUGUGUGUGUGUAUCUAAAGUGUGUCUGUAUAGUCACGAUAUUUACAGACGGAUCCAUGCACAAUAAAAGAUUUAUAAUUCUUAA